AUGGAAUCUUCUUUACCACACAAAAACAAUACCAAUAAACAUUUCUUAGCUAAUAAUAGGCCACAAAAACAAAAACUAAUAGAGACUGAAACACUGCACUCAACACAAGAGCAUUCUACUGCUUCGCCCUCCUCUAGCAGUUUUGCUCAAGUUACCCAUGAUAAUAAUAUAACCUCUGAUUUAUCAGCUAGAGAAAGUAUCGAUGAGACAGAACCUCUAUUAUCAUCAUCAAACAUUGUUAGUAGAGUUGUUGAUAGUGAUCUUGUGAUUCCCCAAGAAUCCGAUCCUUUUCUUUUGGUCCAUAUGCGUCAAAAACGACGACCUCCUCCUCGCCCUAAAUAUGUGGUCUUCCUUUUACUUUUAGCUUUUAUCGAUUUUAGCAUUAUUAGUACCUGCAUGAUACUAUUGAUUCAUAAAGGUCCUUGGGGUGAGAAUGGGAAAUGGCAUUGGGAUAUUUUGGAAUGGGAUAUAUUGAGUUUAGGGAUUUUGCGCAUCUUUACUGUCAUGUGUGUCAAUUCGUCAAUGUGGCUUAGGGAAUUAGGUUGGAUAUUAGGAGGUGUCUGUGGGGUAAGAUUGAAUUGA